AUGGGUAGCCUGCCGAAUUUGCACGAGCUGGGAAAACCUGAAGGCGAAGAACAAGGAUUCAAACCAGGUCCUGCUCUUGGCCAUUUAUGCAGCGGUUGUAACGGAACCUUAACAGAAGCGGAAAAAUCGAAAAUACUCCACAGAUUCUCCGGUCACAACCGAAUCACCAAGGCCAGAAGCAAUCCGCAGGAAUCUAAUAAAAUCGUUUACGAUGAAUAUACAGGAGAGCAGGCGACUUAUUCCCCGAUGUGCACUCGAUCCCGAUACAAUCUGCACUUACAAGGAAGCGCUCGAAGGAGGGAUUCCAUUAACAGCUCCAUCGGUGCCACCUCCGUACGGAGACUGCUAGCAGUCGUAAGAGGCGGAACAAACAGCAGAAACGCAGGAAGAAACCAUAACAGUACGGUUUACACCAAGAAAAUCCUCCUGGCGAAUCUGGUGGUGGUAUGCUUCAGCCACAUAUUUUCCUCACUGGCCUUCCUACCGUUCAUGGCUCUUCAGGGUUCGGUUUCCGUUUGGUACCAACCGGAUGACGAGAACGUAACAACCAUCACCAAAGGCUCCUUGUUUUUGACCAGCAGCUUCGUCAUCGCUGCAAUUGUUACUCUGGUAGCGCCUUGUGUUCUCAAGCGGAUAAGCGCAAGCACAAUUAUAGUAGUUUGUAAUGGCGCAAUGAUAGUGUUCUACUUGUCCCAUCUGUAUCAGUUUCUCUACGUGACAAUCCCCGCCUAUCUGCUCUUAGGACUCAUACAGGGUAUGUUAACCAACGGUCAUAUAUCAUUCCUGCUGGUGCUGUCUCAACGGAUUACAGCGCUGUUUCACGAAGACGAGGAAGAAGGUCGAUUGGCCAGACGGACCGUCGUAAUUAGGAGAGUUGCCAGAGCUUUCCAGGGGUCUUACGAUUUCGGGUUAAUUUUAGGCUCCAUAUUAUCGGCGAUGCUUAUUACAUAUACAGUUAACCUUAAGACUAACGGAGGAAUAAUGUCUGUUGAUAAUUCUACAUUUUUAUUCAAUGACUGUCUGGUCAACUCCAGUUACCCUCUCACGCACUGCCAGAACGCGUCAGGUCCUUCGGUAAGCUUGUACGAUUACAGCGCCUUCCUGGAUGAUGUAUUCGAUCGAAACGAGGAGGGCCGCCUGUGCGGCGCCCAAGCCUGCCCGGUGGCGGCGUCUUCGACCAAUUCCACGCUCGUGACGGAAUCAGGGUUCCGGAUAUUGCCGAAGAAGGCGGCGGACAUUUUGAUCGGCGUGUACGGGGCGAUGUGCGGCGUUGCUCUCGUCAUCUCGUUGCUCGGUUUGGACAGGAUAAAGACGCCCGUGUACCAGGACCCGUUGGAGAGGGGAGAGGCGAUGGCGGCCAUUACGGCGGUGAAAGAAAGCUUCAGAGAUACGAGACUGCAAAUGGCUGCUCCAUUGGCUGUUUUCAUCGGAAUUGAACAAGCGUUUAUGUACGCCGGUUUCAGCAAAUCUUAUGUCGUCUGCACGUUGGGAAUACACAGACUGAAUUUGGUAUUUUUGGCUAUGGGCGUUCUACAAUCUAUAGCCGCUUGUACGCUUAGUAUGUUCCUUCGGACAAUCAGAAGAUAUUACGUUGUCGGUGUUGGUUUCACUUUUCAUGGUUGCCUACUUAUGGUUCUGAUCCUUUGGAACCCAACCGAAGAUGAUCCGGCGUUGUUUUACGUCAUUUCAGCCUCGUGGGGCGUCUGCAACGCCAUCUGGGAAAUGCUGAGCUUUACUUUCCUGACUGGUCAAUACACGAACAACGGAGAAGCGGCGUUCGCAAACUUUGCGUUCUUCAAGUUCUUGGGGCUGGCGUUGUUCUUCGCGUUGCACGGGCUCCUCUGCAACGUGUGGAAGUUGUACGCGAUGAGCUUCGUGCUGGUGGUGGCCGUCGUGUCGUUCGCCUGGCUGGAAGUACGCCUCGAAAACGUGAGAAAAGUGAAGAACAUCACCAGGUUAUGA